CAGACUUGAAUCAAAGGAGCCUUUCCUCUCUGUUGGUGGUUAUGUCUUUGAUUACGAUUACUACAGAGAUGAUUUCUACAAUCGGUUGUUUGAUUACCAUGGCCGUGUCCCUCCACCACCCCGUGCAGUGAUUCCACUGAAGCGUCCUCGUGUGGCUGUGACCACAACUCGCAGAGGCAAAGGGGUUUUCUCCAUGAAAGGUGCAUCACGAUCCACCUCAAGUGGGGCUUCUUCCUCAGGAUCAAAAUCACCCACCUGUCUUCCCCUGCCCCUUAUGUGGAGUGAUACUGUCCUUGGAAGCGUCACUGGAAGAGGAAGAGAAAGAUCAGUGAAAUCAGAUGAGUUGCAAACAAUCAAGAAGGAAUUAACCCAAAUCAAAACAAAAAUUGACUCCUUGCUAGGGAGAUUGGAAAAGAUUGAAAAGCAGCAAAAAGCUGAAGCAGAAGCUCAAAAGAAACAAAUGGAAGAUAAUGCUGAUUUGAUCCAAGAGGAAUGCAUAUCAGAGAAUGCAGAUAACUCUACAGAAGAGCCAAUUGAAGGAGGGCCAGAUGCAGAUGGGGAUGGAGAAGAUAUGACUGAUGGGAUAGAGGAGGAUUUUGAUGAGGAUGGCAGCAAUGAGCUGUUUCUACAGAUCAAGUGAUGAGAUGUCAUGUGUGAACCUCCUGAAGGCUGAGAAGAGAAACUCUGACUUCCCCACAGAAAAUUGUGAACUGCAGUUUCUUACUGGC